AUGGAUUCGAGUAAAUCCUUCAGCGCCUUCGCCCUCUCUCUCUUUACCCUGUUCUUCAACGUUGCCGCCCAGUCCGGUCUCCAUCAGCAGGUGCUGAGCACCUUCAUCUACACUCGAUAUGGUGACAGAACGCCUCUUGUACUACCAGAUUCGCCCACUUUGACACCCCUAGGUGCCCAGCAGCUGUAUGCAGCAGGGGAGCAGAUUCGUGAAAGAUAUCUAGCGCCUCUCUUUAGUGGUGACAACCAGACGACUACCAUCUAUGAUAUCUCUCAGUAUCAGCUGGUCUGGGAUCAGUUGACUAUCAUGUCCACGGAUGACCAGUAUGUAUCUGCCUCUGCCCAAGCCUUCCUCCAGGGCUUGUAUCCUCCCCUUGAAGAGGGGUCAAACUACACGUACAUCGAGGGCCAGAGUACGAUUCAGAAUGGAUCGAAUCUUGUCGCUCCUCUCGAAGGCUAUCAAUACCCCAAUAUUAUUACAAUGACAAGUAACGAUUUGAAUUCUAUCUGGAUCAACGGAAUGUACGACUGUCCCGCGUACACGUCAUCGUCGAACGAUUAUUACGAGACCGAGGCCUUCCAAUCUAUUCAAAAUAACACCGCAGAUUUCUACGCCAGUCUCCAGCCGGACUUCCUAGAUGGAAUAUUCGCCGAUGCAUCUGUUGGCUAUUUCGAUGCUUAUUUCAUCUAUGACUAUCUGGAAUACGCCAGCAUUCACAAUACCACGGUGGCAGAGAAGUUGUCUCCAGAAGAUUUGACAAAAGCCAAAAUCCUUGCUGCCGACUGGGUCUUUGCCCUGAAUGCCGAUACUUCGGUGUCUGGAUCCACUGCUGGAGAUCACAUCCGAGCCGUUGCCGGGAGAACCUUAGCCACCCGCGUUCUGCAAGCUUUCUAUACGAACAUCAAUACCCAAGGUAGUUCGGACAAAAUGACCCUGCUCUUUGGCAGUUUUGAACCUAUGGUCGCGUUCGCUGCCUUGGCCGACUUGAUUUCCCCACAAAAUGCAGCAUUUUAUAAUGUCCCCGGACCAGGGUCCAGCUUUAUAUUCGAGUUGUACGCGAUGCAAUCUGAAAGCCUCGAAACCUACCCAGACGUGUCAGAGAUGUUUGUCAGAUUCUACUACCAGAACGGUACCGGCGACGAUUCUUCUUUGGUGGCUUACCCUCUCUUUGGCCUCAGCCCGAGCCAGACCAUGAUAUCCUUGGCGGAUUUUAUUGCAGGCCUCGAAGGCUUCAUGAUGUCCAAUGUCGAGGAUUGGUGCACCACUUGCAACAGCUUCAGCGUGUUCUGCCCGGCUUUUGUUGAUACGGAUGGCAGUUUGACUCCUACCCCUGGAGUUUCUUCCAGCCGUAAGGGACUAUCCCCGGUCGUUGCCGGAGUCAUUGGAGCAGUGGUCACCCUCGCUGUGGCUGCUCUUUUGUUUGGCGCGCUGAUGUUAUUCGCUGGACUUAGAAUGCAUCGAGUUCAUACCAAACGAAGGUCAGAACUGGGAGGAUUCAAAGGAGCCGAGAAGCUUGCCAGUGAUCAAGAUCUCACCAUUCCCAAGGGAGGGGCAGGGGCAGUGGUUGUCGCCAGCGGAGACCCCGUUCCUGUGAGAGGUCACGAACGUGUUGGGAGCUGGGAACUCAAAGAUCAAGCCAAAGCGGAAGAGGCACAAGGACAAGCACUCAGUGCUGGGGAUAUGAAACCUCGUCGUCCAAGCUAUGAAGACGACGAUAUACCAAUCAGUCCUUACACCCCCCCGGUAGACACACGCAACCAUGUUUGA